AUGUUGUCCAAAGUUCCUAAGGAGCUUUUGUCCGCCAACACGCCCCAGUCGCAAGACCUGCGCCUUAGACUGCUGAGAGGCUCUACUAUAGUGUUCUUCGGUACGGGUUAUCCCGCCAAGCGCUUCAUUUAUGAAAGAGCCCACGAUCUCGGCGUGAACGUGGUUCUGGUGGAUGAGCCUGACGCCUGGUGCAAGUCACUUGUCGAGGAAGGGAAAGUGUAUAAGUUCAUUCCCAUGAAUAUCAUGUCGCCCGAUCAGGAUAGGGUUGUUGCUGAUACGGUGGCCGCACUAAGUGAACUGGACCACGUUGAUGGUAUUUGUACCUUUUACGAGUUGGCCUUACAAACCAUGGCUCGCAUCGGUGAAGAACUAGGCGGUGUACAUAGUCCCUCUGAGCACUCUAUUAUGACUGCUAGAGACAAUUUCUUCCAAGAAGCGGAGCCCAUAUGGGGUACUACGAGCAGACUCGGUAUCAAGUCAGUUUGUAUCAAUUGGGUGGGCUGCGAUAAAGUCGUUCAAGGAAUGCAGCCGACAUAUCACUACCCAUACAACCAGAGCCUAGGAUUUCACGAACGAACCAACAAGCUGGUGAAUAUUAUGGUAGAGGAUGAGGAUGUCAGGCUGGCCCUGCUGUACUUCGAUGAACCAGAUCACUCGGGGCAUCGGUAUGGGCCAGGAACUGAGGAAACACUAGCCGCAGUGCGACGGGUAGACAGCGCCAUUGGAGUACUGCGGGAUAGACUACACGAGAUUCAAGCUUCAGGGGAGGUCAAUGUCAUCCUCACCAGUGAUCACGGCAUGACGUGGGCCACCAAUCCUGGAAUCAACCUAGCAGACGGUGUUGAUCCGGAGAUAGUGAAUAUUACAACCACGGGGCCUGUGACCCACAUCUGGCCACACGAUGCACACGAAGCUGAGUCAAUCCGAGCGUCUUUGGAGAAGUCUGCUGCUGGGCAUAUGGUAUGCUACCUCCGAGAGAACAUCCCUUAUCGCUGGCAUUACCAAAUGAAUGAUAGGAUACCUCCAGUGGUUCAUGUAUUUGCCAUCAUUGCGACAGUGCUUGGGAUACCACAGUCUGAAUGGCCUCCGAACAAUGCAAGCAUAGUGGAUGUCUCCCACCUUCUCAAGACGCCCUUAUUGGUCGACACUGAGCCAAGGCCAUAUAGCGGGAAUUUGCUCGAGGACUACGUGAUACUCUCCUGA